CCCCUCGCGUGCGUCGAGAUGGCGGAGCUGGACGUCGGGCGGCAUUGCCAGGUGGAGCGCUGCAGGCGGCUAGAUUUUCUUCCAUUUGUAUGUGAUGGAUGUUCAGGAGUAUUUUGCCUUGAACACAGGAGCAGAGAGUCCCAUAGCUGUCCUGAGGUGACUGUAAUCAACGAGAGACCGGAGUCAGACACCCGUACCUCUCACCCGUGCUCCUUCAGGGACUGUGCUGAGAGAGGGCUUGUGCCCGUUAUGUGUCCUUACUGUGAGAAGAACUUUUGCCUGAGACACCGUCACCAGUCAGAUCAUGAAUGUGAAAAACUGGAAAUCCCUAAGCCUCGUAUGGCUGCCACUCAGAAACUCGUUAAAGACAUUAUUGAUUCCAAGACAGGAGAGACAAGUAAACGACGGAAAGGUGCAAAGAAUAGUGAAACAGCUGCAAAGGUAGCGCUGAUGAAAUUAAAGAUGCAUGCUGCUGGAGACAAAUCAUUGCCACAGACGGAAAGAGUUUACUUUCAGGUUUUCUUACCUAAGGGGGGCAAAGAAAAGAGGAGAGCCAUGUUCUUCUGCCGAGCGUGGAGCAUUGGAAGGGCCACAGACUGCGCAGCUUCUUUAGCCAGCCUUAAAAAUGACAACAACAGACCAACAGCUAAGAAAUUGAGGUUGUGUCACAGUGUCUCAGGAGAGGCCUUACCCUUGGAUCAUAUUUUGGAAACCUGGAUUGCUAAGGAGGAUUGUCCUUUGUACAAUGGUGGAAAUAUUAUCUUGGAGUAUCUGAGUGAUGAAGAACAGUUUUUAAAAAAUGUUGAUUCUUACUUGGAAUAGCCAUGCAGGGACUCAAGCCAGAAAUCACGAGGAAAAUUCAUCGUUAGUCAACUUCUUUUACUGCAAAUACUAUGUGUGUAUAUAUAUAUAUACUUAUUUAAGUUGCUUUUGAAUGCAUUAUGUCAUAAUUUAUAUUAUUAGUCUUCUAUUAAAUUGAAUUUGAAUUUUUGUCUUUUCAAGUGUAACCAUGAACUGACAUCCAGUUAAACAAAUGCUUGUAUCUAAUUAACUUUUAUUAGUUCAUGCUGUAAUUACAACAACAAAGAUGUAUUUCCCAUUUGGUUAAUGUGAGCUCUGAUGGGCCGUGACUCUGCUCUAUGCUAUCUUUACUCCAGAAUCUAAGAUGAAGCAAUGGCCCUUUUGGGGGACACUGCCAUUCUUAUGGUAGAAGAAAUGGCUCUUAGAGGAUAAGAUGCAUGACCUUGUGCUUUAAGCAAGAGACAUGACCACGCCUAGCCUCAUGGGGCGGGGAAGUAGAGCCUUAGUAUCUGCCUCCAUUAUGAUGCGUAAAUUGGUGUGUACACAUGAAUCAUAGAAGCUUAGAGGCCAUCUCAAUCACUCUGUAACGUUGUGGAUGAGGAGUCUCAGGCCUAGGAAGAAGAAGUUAUUUUUUGUUGCCGCCUAAGUGGAUCGGGGCAUCUCUCUGAUAAAAACCCCUCCGGUGACCUCAUCACUUUGCCAGUAUGGAGAUAUUACAAUAAAAAGGAAGAUGGGAUGCCGAAGUUAAGGCCCUUUAUAUAUACCCAAGCGCAACACAUGCCAAAAGUAACACCCUGUACCAACACACUAAAAUUAAUGCUCCUGACUGAUGUCUUCCAUCUAUACUCCACAAAGUACCACCAUAGAGAAGGGAUGGAAGUUACUUCUGUUUGUUAUCUGUCCCUUUCCUACUUUGCAAUAGACAGGGGUAGUGGCUUUAGGUUUAAUUAAGGGAAUAAACUCAGAAUGUUUAUUUCAUCUCUAAUUCUUUCUUCAUGCUGUUUUCAUGCAGUGAAUGGAGAUAACUUCUGAUUUCUAUCAGCUGCUUGAACAUUCAUUUAUUAACCAAGUUUUUCAAGUACCUUCUAAAUGAUAGGAUUUGAUUCUAACUGCCAUGGUGGAUACAGUGAAGAAAUGCAUACUUAAUUAGAACUAUAAUGCAAAGCAGUAUGGCUAGUGCCAAAUGAACAUGUAGUGAGUGCCAUUAUGCUCUAAUAACUCUUUUAUCAGAAACCAGAAGACCAGAAGUGAAAAUAAUCCUUAAACAUAUUCCAGAGACCAGAAGGUUUAAUACCAGCUAAUACCUUAGCAUCUGUCAUAAUUACUUGCACAUAGUAAGCUGACAAACACGUCUCAUGAAUUGAACAAAAGCUAAAUAUACCAGAAAAAAUACCAGUGGGGGUUGAAAAGAGAGAAAGUAAGGCUGCAGAGAUUGAGCUUAAUUUAAGGAGACCGAAGAACAGGUCCUGUCAUGAUUAGAAAAGAAAGCAGCUUGGAGGGAAGGACUUACUUAAAUCAUCAGAAAUCUGAUCUCGGAUAGUUGAGUGGACUAGUUGGAAGAGGCACAGGUGCCAGCAUUCUUGGAGGCGCUGUGGAUCCAGAUGCAUUGUGGGCAGGAGAGGAGGUCCCUCAAGGGUCUCAUUUCCAAAUGACUCUUGAAAUUGUACCCCUUUCUUAGGCUUUCUUUUAAGGCUUGUGUCUGCUUAAUAUAAUUCUAAGAUUGACUGUACCCACCUGCCCCUUUAGAAUCUUUUCACUGCCCACAGGCAACUAGAACUAAAAGGAGAAAGCCCGCAAAUUGAAAGAAGUUUUAAACUCAGUUAAAUAUUUAACGUACAUGAUGAUAGAAAUGAGUUGUCAUGUAAGCAGCCAGUAAAGACAUGUGAAUGAUAAACUACUGAUUUCCCCCAGAUUUGUCAGAUUUUAUCCUGGAUGAUUCUUAAGGAAAAGGGGAAAGGCUGCAGAUGGAAGAAUCUGAGGGAAGUAAAAUUUACAUUUCUCACCUCUUUGACCUGGGACACAAUAAUUGUGAAUAAGAUGUUUGGUCACAUAACAUAACGGCAGCUUUGGCUUCAAGUCCUUCAUGUUUGUCUUUCUCAUCUUUUUAAACCAGGGAAGUUCCCUGAGAAUUUACACCGAUUGGUACACUGUAUCUUGUUUUUCUUCAUGUAAUACAUGGAAAUAAAACUUAUGAACUAUAAUGUAUUGCAUUUGAAAUAUUAACCUACAUAAAUCAGAUUUUCAAAAACUUGUAAAAAUGUCCAAUAAAAAUUGCUUGGACAGUU